CGUUUGAGAUCAGAUCGCUGAGACUGAACCAGAGCAGUAGCAAGUUAUCCAUCGCUCUGGGUACCUGGCAGUAUCGCUGUCGCUAACUGGAAUCUUCCUUUAUAUAGAGAGGAAAAACAAAAACAACCACAUCCAAAACGGAUCCAGAGUUUCUUUUUUUCUCUCUCUCUCUCUCCGGGUCAGGCUUCUCUUAACCAUCCCUUGUGUAGUAAAGCCAAUUGCGGGUGAUCAACGCGUGAGCCAAGAGGGUUUACUGUACAACCUAUAUUGGCUGUUAGAACGUCAUGACAGCCGAAAAGACUAUCCCAAUAAUUAAUGGAAAACCGGACGAUGCUAUGGACCCCGAAGCUUCAAAUACCAAUCUUGUGCGCAGCAAUGACAGGAAGGUGAACGAGAGGGGACACUGGAACAAUAAGAUUGAGUUUGUGCUGUCCGUCGCGGGAGAGAUCAUUGGACUUGGCAACGUGUGGAGGUUUCCAUACCUUUGCUAUAAAAACGGAGGGGGUGCUUUCUUGGUACCAUAUGUGAUAUUCUUUAUUUGCUGUGGAAUACCAGUGUUCUUCUUGGAGACAGCUCUCGGCCAGUUCACCAGUGAAGGGGGGAUCACUUGUUGGCGGAAAGUGUGCCCACUUUUUGAGGGUAUUGGAUAUGCUACCCAAGUUAUCGAGGCCCAUUUAAAUGUUUACUAUAUCAUCAUUUUGGCCUGGGCAAUCUUUUACCUGUUCAAUUGCUUCACAACGGACCUACCCUGGGCAUCUUGCGGUCAUGAGUGGAAUACACAGAAUUGCAUGGAGUUUCAGAAGGUGAAUGGCACCAACAUCACCAACCCCAAUGCCACUUCUCCAGUCAUUGAGUUUUGGGAGCGCCGUGUCCUGGGCAUAUCAAGCGGAAUUGAACACAUUGGGAAUUUAAGAUGGGAACUAGCACUCUGCCUGCUGCUGGCAUGGUUCAUAUGCUAUUUCUGCAUAUGGAAAGGACCCAAAUCCACAGGAAAGGUUGUGUAUGUCACCGCAACCUUCCCCUACGUGAUGCUGCUGGUUUUACUCAUCCGAGGGGUCACUCUUCCAGGAGCUGCAGAUGGGAUUAAGUUCUACCUGUACCCCGACAUAUCUCGGCUGUCUGACCCACAGGUCUGGGUGGAUGCAGGGACUCAGAUCUUCUUCUCCUAUGCCAUCUGCCUGGGCUGUCUGACUGCUCUGGGAAGCUACAAUAGUUACAACAACAACUGCUACAGGGAUUGUAUCAUGCUGUGCUGCCUGAAUAGCGGGACCAGUUUCGUUGCUGGUUUUGCCAUUUUCUCUGUGUUGGGAUUCAUGGCUUAUGAGCAGAAUGUGCCGAUUAAAGCCGUGGCAGAGUCUGGGCCUGGCCUUGCCUUCAUCGCCUACCCUAAAGCUGUAACCAUGAUGCCCUUGUCACCCUUGUGGGCUUGCCUGUUUUUCAUGAUGCUGAUCUUCCUGGGGCUGGACAGCCAGUUUGUCUGUGUUGAGAGCUUGGUGACUGCGGUAGUAGACAUGUACCCUAAGACCUUCAGGCGGGGCUACCGAAGAGAACUUCUCAUCCUUGGCAUGUCAGUAGUCUCCUACUUCCUAGGACUGAUUAUGUUAACUGAGGGUGGCAUGUAUGUAUUCCAGCUGUUUGACUCAUAUGCAGCCAGUGGAAUGUGCUUGUUGUUUGUGGCCAUCUUCGAGUCAAUAUGUAUCGGCUGGGUAUAUGGCAGUGACAGAUUCUACAAGAAUAUAGAGGACAUGAUUGGUUACAAACCCGUCUUCUUCAUCAAGUGGUGCUGGAUGUUCCUGACCCCUGGCAUAUGUGCUGGAAUAUUCCUUUUCUUCUUGAUCAAGUACAAGCCUCUGAAGUACAACAAUGUGUACACGUACCCAGACUGGGGCUACGGCAUUGGCUGGAUGAUGGCCCUCUCAUCCAUGAUCUGCAUUCCUUUAGGCCUGUUCAUCAAGAUCUGGAACACGGAAGGCACCUUCUCAGAGAGAAUUAAGAAGCUGACUACACCCAGCCCAGAUUUGAAGAUGAGAGGUAAGCUGGGGGGCAGCUCAAGUCCCUACGCAGUAAAUGACUGUGAUGCCAAACUGAAAGGGGACGGGAACAUUUCAACUAUCACAGAAAAAGAAACACAUUUUUAAACAGGCACCGGCAAAGCCAGCACCGCUACCAUCACCACCACAACAAAAAAA